CAUCGAUCAUUUCAACAUGGGUUGUCACUCGGAAUAGGAAGAGAAGGGCUGCUUUGGAAUGGAAAUGUAACGACGCCUGCCUAAGAUUUUUUUAUAAAGUCAAGGGGACAAAUGUAACUUCGGGGAAGUAUUAUAGUAUUGAAGUGGACCGAGGAAUCGCGAUCUCAACUUUGGCUUCGUCGUCGUCUCCGCUCGGCAUCGGAGUUGGGAUUGAGACUGGGAUUGGGAUCGGCUCCACUGGAAGAACGAACGAAGGACCGAUUGAUGGGGGGAGCGCUGCAGUACUUGGAGGAGCAGCGGAAUGCGCGGCCGGAGCUGGCGGAGUGGUACGACGCCAUGGCCGACCUCUACCAGAAGAAGCUCUGGCAUCAGCUCACCCUCAAGCUCGACCAAUUUGUCUCUCUCUCCAUCGUCCAGGCAGGUGAUUGUCUCAUUCAGCUGUAUCACAACUUUAUUACUGACUUUGAGAUGAAGAUCAAUUUACUGAAACUUGCACAUUUUGCUGUGAUAGUUUCACGUCAGUAUUCAGAAAGGGAAGCUGCCAUUAGCUAUCUUGAAGGGGUGAUUGACAAGCUGCAUGCUACUAGAGAGUUGCGGAUUGAGGAGCCUAUUCUUUAUGUGAAGAUGCAAAUAGCUGCAUUUAACCUUGAGGAAGGGAACCAGAAGGAGUGUAAAAAACUUUUAGAGGAUGGAAAGUCUACAUUGGAUAGCAUGACUGAUAUUGAUCCUUCUGUUCAUGCUAGCUUUUACUGGGUAUCUUCUCAAUAUCACAAAAGUCGCCAAGAAUUUGCUGAGUUCUAUAAAAAUGUUCUCCUUUAUUUGGCAUACACAUCAGUGGAAUCUCUUUCAGAAUCAUUUAAACUGGAUUUGGCAUUUGACCUAUCGCUUUCUGCCUUGUUGGGGGAUAAUAUUUAUAAUUUCGGUGAAUUGCUAGCCCAUCCAGUUAUAAAUUGUCUUCUUGGAACCAAAGUGGAGUGGCUUUACUAUAUACUUCAAGCAUUCAACACCGGCAAUUUAGCUCUUUAUCAAGAACUUUGUUGUGUUCAUGGUGCUUCUCUGAAUGCACAGCCUGCAUUUGUAGUAAACCAGAAGAAGCUAUUGGAAAAGAUGAAUAUACUUUGUUUGAUGGAAAUCAUCUUUAGUCGACCUGCUGAAGAUCGCACCAUACCAUUAAGUAUUAUAGCUGAACGAACUAGACUUUCCAUAGAGGAUGUGGAAUAUCUUCUCAUGAAAAGCCUCUCCGCAUUACAUCCUUCUAGCAGAGAGAGCUUUAAUACUUUAAUCAGAGAACUGGGUGUGUUAACACGGAGCAGUGAAGGUUCAUCUUAUCGAAGGCAUUAUAGAUCAGGUUGAGGGGACUAUUCAUGUCUCACGGGUGCAGCCUAGGGUUUUGGGGAUGCCACAGAUUAAAUCCCUGUGAAAUUGUCUAGAUAAUUGGCUGGGCAAGGUGCAUACAGCUUUAUUAUCAGUUGAAGCAGAGAUGCCUGACCUAGUGGCUUCAUGAUGCGUGCUGUUUGAGAGUCCUUUUCAACGAUCUGUCACGCAGGGGACUAAAUCAACGAUGCUGUUGGUGCUUCCUGCUUUGGAGGCCUGUCUAUAUUUUUGCCUUUCUACAUUAAAAAUUUUGUGCGGGGUUGGCAGCUGUACGCUAACUGAGGCCUGUGUCAGAUCUGUAGUUUUCAAUUCUCAGGAAAAGAAAGCAGGGAGCAGGGCAAAGAAAACUGCAGCUUAGCGAAUGUUUCUCUUGUUUUCAAGUUCAGGUCAUUGCACAUUUGUGUGAAAGAACAAUGCAUAUUUUGAUGACAAUAUAAGAAAAAUAUUUCUUAAAAAGACAUUGCGAGAAAAAUGCUGCAGACUUUUUGUCACAGGCAAUCACCAUGAUCAUUCACAAGUAUCAUGAUCUUAUUUAUCGCCUUCCUAUAAUUUUUAUUUGUGUCUGGAACAAUAUAUACAAUUUUAUAUCCCUGUAAAAUUACAGGGAGGCUCUGAAUUAGAUGAGGAUGUUGCAGCAGUCGUUCAUUUUGUCAUCAUAAGCCACCUCAUGUUCUCAUUUAGCAUUCCACCUUAUAAUCACACAGCCUAAAGCUUUGGAAUUGCCAAAAAGUUUGAUUGAUGGGCAUAAGAGGGAACCUCCUGAGGACCAGGCGGUCGCCUAAUUCUUAUUCUGUCAGAACACCUGAUGUUUUUUUUAGAAAAGAAAAAGAAAUAUCUGCUAGAGUCUGUAUGGUGCUGCAAUGUGCUUCACGCACUAUGUUCAAGGCUUCAGAAGGUAUCCAAAUGCCAUAAUUAUUCUCUUUUGAAGGAAUUUACUCACCCUUGAGGAUAACUAGAAGCGAUGAUGAUAUCAUUUUCAAUGGUAAACUUCUGUAUAUCAAGAAAUGUAACCAAACUUAGUGCCUGCGAGCGCUCAAGCUUGUGCGAACGGUCGGACUGUUGCUGGCAUAACUGCUGCUCCUGAAUGAGCACCAAAUUCUUUGUCCGUCAGAUUGUGGGGAAUGAUGAAAAGAUCCAUCACCAUUACCUCUUGCCAAAGGGCUGGGGGUUAAUUUGAUGCUUUUCAAGACUUUGCUACAUGGUUCAAAGAAGCACCAUUUAAGUGCUACUACCGACAGCAUCCAGCAAAGUAUACAAUGAAACAAGAGACUGGACAUUAAGAACAAGUGGAAUUCAAGUGUAAAUUUAAUGUCUGCCAAUCCUAUAAUCUCGAUUUUUUUCUCAGAAAACUCACAACAUUAAAAUUGUUGCAUUACAUUUGCUCCAUAAGUCCAAAUACAAUAAAUGCCAAAUAAAUAUAAUGUUGCAGAUUCCUUGUUUGUAUUUAAUCUACUUCAAUGCUGAAUGUAAGGAUUUUUUUCCAAUUCCCUGCUUGCAAACAUGAAGCUUAACAAGAAUACUGCAUUUAUUGAAAAUGAAGAUUAGUACACAUGAGCUCAAGGUCAUAUGGUACAUCAGCACAAAGCAUAAAACUGAAUCUUUUAACACAGCAUUAAAUACCUCUGAAUUUUAAA